CCGCUUCAGCCCGGCUGGGCUGUUCGCCCUUCGCAGCCGAACUGCCGAUGUCGCCGCGGGUCUGUGCGGCCGGGGCGGGCGGAGGGGAGGGCUGAGCGGCCCUGGCAGGGGGAGGAGGCAGCAGCUCCUGCCCGCGGAGCCGCGCCUUGGCUUUCGGUUUCUGUUCCCCGCGGCGCGGCCCCGUUCGCAGCCUGGCCCCGGGCGCCAUGACCCGCCCGACCGCUCUGGCCGGGCUGGCGGAGGAGCUGACCUGUCCCAUCUGCCUGGACAUUUACAGCACCCCCGUGUCCCUGAGCUGCGGCCACAGCUUCUGCAAGCAGUGCGUCCAGCAGUCCCGCCAGCUUCGCCCGCAGGGCCCGUUCCGCUGCCCGCUGUGCCACUCCCAGGCGGACCCCGCCGCGGAGCUGCAGCCCAACGUCCAGCUCCGCAGCAUCGUGGAGAAGUUCCUGGAUGCUCCCACGCAGGAGAAGAAGGAAAACGGUGAAAUGGAAAGUGAAGAUGAGGACAAAAGUUCGGGCCCAGAAGAUGGGGUGAUUCUUUGCGAUUCGUGCCUCCAGGACCCCCAGCCAGCCGUGAAGACCUGCUUGACCUGUGAGGCUUCCCUGUGCCAAGCCCACCUGAGCAAGCACAGAACAAAGACCCACCUGAAAGACCAUGUCCUGGUAGAGCCCUGUGACGCCCAGGUUUUGGCAGAGAGAAGAUGCCACCAGCACAGCAAACUGCUGGAGUGCUACUGCAAGACGGACUCGGUCUGCAUCUGCGUGAUGUGCUGUGUCACCAGCUCCCACAAGAACCACGAGAUCAUCCCUUUGGAGGAGGCAUUUGGCCAAGUGCAGAAAGCUUUUCCUGAAACCCUGAAAGCACUGCAAGAGCGUGAAGCUGUGCUGAAUCAAAGCAUAACAAACCUGCUGAACCAAGAGGACGAAGUAGAGGCUGAGGAGAGCCUGCGGAGGAAUUGGCUGGAGAGCCUCUUUGAACAGAUGCAGCUGCAGCUAGAGAACACAAAAGCAGAGGUCCUGAGAGCUCUCAGGCAAAACGAGGAGCAACAGCUUUCUAAGAUUCAGACGCAGAUACAAAAACACCAAGAGGAGAAGGAUGCAGCCAGCCGUGACAUACAGGAGCUGAAUGUUCUGAAACAUCAGAAAGACAUGCUUCUUUUUACCAAGGCUUUUGAAGCAAUUCGCACCAGGUCCCUGGUGAGCACUCAAAGGAUGGCUGAGCUUAGAUAUCCUGAGUCGUCCCCCAGUUCGCGUUGCCUUCAGCUUGCAAGAAGCAAAUGCCGUAGGAGGCGAAACAUGCAGAAACGCAACGCAGUUCCGACGACAGCUGGUGUGACACUGCCAACGCCACCCAUUAUUUUGGAUGAAUUAACAACAGACACUAAUCUAAGGCUUUUCCAGCAAUUCCUCUCAGACAUGAACGCCUCAUUUAAAGAACCACCUGUUUGUGAACAUCUGACUGUUUCAGUAAGACAACUAAACGGAUUUAACAGCAAUGUCACCAGAGUCUGUGCACCCCCAUCCACCCCUUAUGCCUUUACAAAUAACCAGAGGGCCAGAGAACAAGUGCAGAGCAACCAGAGCUUCUCAGGGGGCCGUCACUUUUGGGAGGUGGACACCAGCAAUGCAACUGGCUGGAAGCUUGGAAUUGUUCAACAGUCCGUUGAGUGCUACCUGCAAACGUUUGUGGAUCGCCUCCGUGUGUUCAAAGGUCAAACAAUGAUUGCAGACAAGGGCUGUCCUGUGGCCCUCAAAGUGGUCAGGGUAGAGCUAGACUGCAGGAGGAAUGUGCUGUCCUUUUACAAUGCCUCUGUCAAGGAUGGAGAUCCUGCUGAGAGCCUCAGGCUUGUAGAAAUGCUAAGCAUCCCUUCGAGCUAUCCUGCCUAUGCUAUCUUCUACACAUCUGGUGGCUAUCUGCAGCUCCUGUAGUGAUGUGAGGACAAGGUGCUGGUUUGUAAUUCCAGGCCUAGGUAUCGGGACUGCUGCUGUGCGGAAGCUGUGCUAAGCUGGCGCAUCAGAAAUUGGGUUUUGGGCUGCUGUGAUGGUUCAUGAGUCUGAGGGCAAGGCCUCUGUGGGGCAUCUCGCAGCACACUGCUGCUUGCUGCAAGAGCUCCUUUCUUCUUUGUUCUGUUAAUCAUGAUAGAAAGACUGUUAAGAUGUGCUUUUUUCAUCGACUGUAUCAGAUGCUGUGCAGGUUAUUCAAGUAAUUUAGUUUGCAAAACUCAAUGGCAAUUUAGUUUAUAAAAAAGGUGACUAUCUUUGCUCUAAUGCAUAGGCUUUUACCUCUGCUCUCCUCCAGCUGUUACGCACAACCUAAGCCAUCCAUUGCAGAAGCAAAGCUGGCCUAGGAGGCGAGUAGAGACAUGGCAAUAAUACACCUGGUUUCCCUUGUUCUCUGCUUCUGUCCUCUCCUGUGAGCUCUCUGAUAGAUCACUUACCUACUUCUUCCCUCAAUUUUGAUUUUCUCCUCACCUAUGCAAAAAUGUCACAGCAAAGGAAGUAAUAAAGAGGAAAACUCCUGUGCCUUUA